CAGAGUGCAUGAGGUGUUAUUAACCGUUGGGUUCAAUAGCUUAUAGACAAAAUCAGGCUUUAAAAAGUUAUUAAGCAUACGCUUAGACAAACCGAGAUCGCAUGCGAUCGACGAGCACCAGGGUCCUUUCUGAUGCCAAUAACGUCCCACUGGCAAAGGCAUCAAAAGUACGAAAAUGCCUGAUUUCAGAAGUCGCAAAGAAUUCUACAAAUAUCUGACUGUGGAGCUGGUGAUCAUGGCGGGCACGGUCAUGCUGGCAUAUUACUUCGAGUACACGGACACCUUCAACGUGCACGUGCAGGGGUUCUUCUGCUAUGAGACCGCCUACACGAAACCCUACCUCGGACCAGAGGACGCGAGCGCGAUCCCGCCGGCGCUGCUUUACGCGCUAGUCGCCGGAGUCCCCACACUGGUGAUAACCGUGACAGAAACAGUACUGUUCUUGAUACAGUACACGUCGAAAGACCUUGACACUCGGGAGAAGACCAUCGUGACGGGAGACUGCUGCUACCUGAACCCCUUAGUGAGGAGAACUUUCCGUUUCCUCGGUGUGUACCUGUUUGGCCUCUUCACCACAGACAUCUUUGUGAACGCCGGUCAGGUGGUUACGGGCAACCUGGCCCCUCAUUUCCUCACGGUGUGUAAGCCAAACUACACGGCCCUGGGCUGCCAGCAGGCGCUGCGCUACAUCAGCCAUCAGGAGGCCUGCACUGGAAACGAAGAUGAUAUACUCCGCGCUCGCAAGACUUUCCCUUCCAAAGAAGCAGCGCUCAGCGCGUACGCUGCAGUCUAUCUGGCUAUGUACAUCACAUUUACAAUAAAAGCCAAAGGAACCCGGUUGGCUAAACCUGUCAUGUCUCUGGGUCUGACGUGUCUGGCAUUCCUCAUGGGUAUUAACAGGGUGGCUGAAUACCGCAACCACUGGUCUGACGUCAUCGCCGGGUUCAUCAUCGGCGUGGCCAUCGCAAUCUUUCUAGUGGUGUGCGUGGUCCAUAACUUUAAAGGCAAACCACUGCUAAGCGAAGACCCUCCACAGGACCACCAGAGCAAUCCCAUGGUCAGCUCACCCAGAGUCGAAAGUCCACUGGAAAAGUACAUCGCCUCACAGGUGUCAGAACUGAGAAUGGAUGAUGAGGAGUUGUCGUCUCGCACACUGAAAGAGCGUCUCCUGAGUUUCUUUAGCUGGAUCGCCGGCAAAAACAGCCGCUUCAGACACCUGCAGAGCACAAGGCAAUAAACGUAUGCGCACCUGUGUGAGGAAGCCCGGCUGCCAAACCUCUGGAGUAAACCACAGGGUCAUUAAAACCCAAUUAUGUUCAUUUAGUCCCAAUAAACUUCAAUUGGCUACAUCACUGGCCGUGUGUAGUAUAUACAUAUUAAGGGGUUUCGAUAUUGACACUCGUGAUAUUAAUAACCAUGAUGAUUGAUGUUGUGUUAAUACUACACAUAGUGAACAAUCCAGUGCACCAGUUACACCUGUUUUACAUUUUGCCAUUAAACUACAGUCAAGCCAAAAUUUAUUCACCUUCAACAUUUCUCACAUUAUCACAGUUUAUUUGCAUAUUGUUUUAGUAAAUGUUAAUCAGAAUCAGAAUCAGAAUCAGAAUCAGAAGAGCUUUAUUGCCAAGUGUGCUUGCACACACAAGGAAUUUUCUUUGGUGUUGGAAGCUUCUAGUACAGACAUUCAACACAAUGACAAUACAAUAUAAUACGAUUUACAGUCUAAAAGAUUCUAAAUUGUGCAUAUAUAAAAUAAAGACUAUUUUACAGAAAAUGGGGGAUAAUAACAUAUAAGAGACAUUGUACAGGGUAGUAUAUAGUAGAAUAAACAUAUUAACAGAUUGUAUGUACACUUGAAAAGUAAUAAUAAAAUAUGACAAGAACGCAGAGUGUGUCGGAACAAAUUCAUCUGGAUAAUGUCUGAUAACUUUGAUAGAAAAGUAUGUAAUGGAUUAUGUUGAAUGGCUGUCAGCUGUUAAAUUGAAAUACACAAUUGUACCAUUUUUGGGCAACCAAUUACCAAGCAGUGCCUCAUUUUGUUCAGUCUGUGGUGUAAAAAGGUCGCAUCAGAAAUGAAAGAAAAACAUGGUCCGGUCAAAGUGUCGGAAUAAUUUGGUCCGAAAUUUUAUACAUUUUACUGGUAGUCCAGUGUAUGAAGAAUUUUGGGGUAUAACAUGUUACAGUGUCCUGCACCCACUAGUAAAAGAUAUCAAAAAUUAUAUCUGGUGUCUGAAUAUUUUUUGGUUUGACUGUUUUGAGAAUAAUUCAUUGCCCAAAAAGGGAAAAUACAAAAUAAACAGUAUUGUUUAUGUCUUAAACAUUCGUUUGGCCACGAUAACCGUGUAGUGAAAAUCUGAUAUUGUGACCAUAAUAAACAUUUUUCUGUCAAGAAAACAUGUUUAGUAUGCAGCAUAUCUAAAAUUA